AUGGACCUACGGCUGCUCCCUCGCGUGGCCUACGCCCGCGCCUCGCUCGCCGCCGCGCGAACCGCCCUGACCUCGCCCACCGGCCACCGCGGCUGGCGCCGGCUCCCCUCGUCCCUCUCCGUGGCCGCCUUGGCCGAGGCCAGCCGCCGCUCGGCUCCCCCCAUCGUCCCUGACGCCGCCAUCGCACACCGUCAUCUGCCUCCGGCCGCCCUGCUGCCAGUCGGUAGUCGCAGCCCUCCGCGUGCUCCGGCCGGCUACAGCUCGCCAGAGCUCCACGGCGGCGCGCCGGCGCCAGCUCCCACCAGGUGGCCGCAGCGCCCAGUCGGCCCCCUCGAUCCCAUCUCCCCGCCGGACGCCGUCGUCGCGCUCCCCCCAGACGUCGUUGUCACCACCACCCCGUCGCCGCCUCGUCCCGCCACUCCAUCGCCGGGCCGUCCCACAUCGCCGGACGUCCCCGUCCUCCACCUCGAGCACCGCUGCCCCGUGCCCUACGCCCGCAGUGAGCCCCUCAUCCUUCCAUGUCCCUCGCACAUUACGGCGCCGUCCCUGACCGUGCUCCCCGCGCCCAUCACCGCACCCUUCCCGUCGUCCGCUCGCGCACAUCGCGGACCGCGACCACGCGUCGCCAUGGACCUACGGCUGCUCCCUCGCGUGGCCUACGCCCGCGCCUCGCUCGCCGCCGCGCGAACCGCCCUGACCUCGCCCACCGGCCACCGCGGCUGGUGCCGGCUCCCCUCGUCCCUGUCCGUGGCCGCCUUGGCCGAGGCCAGCCGCCGCUCGGCUCCCCCCAUCGUCCCUGACGCCGCCAUCACACACCGUCGUCUGCCUCCGGCCGCCCUGCUGCCAGUCGGCAGUCGCAGCCCUCCGCGUGCUCCGGCCGGCUACAGCUCGCCGGAGCUCCACGGCGGCGCGCCGGCGCCAGCUCCUACCAGGUGGCCGCAGCGCCCAGUCGGGUGCACCCGCGCGGGGCAGCGCCCAUUCGGGCUGUGCCCGACGCCCGACCCGCUAUGGCCCUCUGGGCCACUGCCAGACGGGGCCCACGCCCCAGCACAUAUUAUAAAAAAAGAAUUAAAAUAA